ACACUCUCACUCAUGGCCUCAUGGAAAGUGCUUUGAGAGAGAGAGAGAGAAGGAGCUCUUAGAGAGGGAGAGCGGUUUCUGCCAUCUGCUCCGCUUUGGAAACAACAUUUCGUUCGCUGCCGGUGCCGAUGAGGUUUGGUGUGCUUUUGAGAAUGAAGCUAAUGCAAUCUGUAUCAGCUUUUUCGUCCAGUUUCUUCUGCUAGGGAACCCUAAUUGUGGAGUCCGGUCAUCGUGGAGAAUGCACUGCCAAGAGCUGGGUUUUUAUGAUGGCAGCAACAUGCAGAACCGGUAAGCAAAGGUUGUAAAUAACUAGAACAGUAUUCACUGUAAGAGAUGAUACAAAACAAAGAAAUAGAGGAUUUAUAUGAUGACAGCUUUGAAGGUUCUAAUGAUGAAAGACGGAUUUUUACUGAGGUAUUUUUCAGUAAAGACAGUGUUCAGCCUAGUCAGAGGUGUCUGGUUACUGGAGUCAUCAACUUUGAAUGUGAAUCUAGUAAAAACACAAAUAUUUCACUCUGCUCCAGCAAUGAAAACUCAGUUUUAACAAGCCCCUCUUCUUCAAAAGUGACCCAUUCUGAGGAUGAUUGUGAUGUGGUUCAGAAUUUCAACGAGACCGCUCUUGAUUCUGUGCCUGAGAGAUUCAAUUAUGAAGGCCCAAAUCAUGAGGAUGUAAAUGUCAAACGCAUGAAAUUUUCCCUGCAUCAACUACCCUGUAGUAGAUCCAAUUUCAAAAAGGUUUUGAAUUCACCAACACUUCUAAAAGAAUAUGUUACUGACGUGUCUGGUGCUGUUACAGACUUUGAUAGUAAACCACUUUCUCUUCGUUUAGUUGAAUCAUCAAAGAAUGGUGUGAUAUCUAGUUGCUAUCUGUUGAGGCAUAGCAUGAUGCUGAACAAAAAAAGAGCUAAGGAUGGUGUAGAUGUUUCAAAUUGUAAAAAAACCUCUGCAGAUGGAAAUUUGGCCAAAGAAGUAGCUACAAGUAAAGUGACUGCUUCUCCUGUUUCCCAAGAGAGUUUCGCAAAUAGGCUUGCAGUAACAAGUUCAUCAAUCACUGCUGUGGAGAAAUCUGGAUCUCAUUUGCAACUUGAGGAGAUGCCUAAAGGAUCUUUAUCCUAUGUUGUGGAUAAGUCAAAUUUAUCAUUGACACCUGAACUUAAGAAGGACCCCCGUGAUUUAUUGCAUUACCGUUGUGUGCAGUUGCUUAUGAUGGCAGGAUGGUCUAUUGAAAAGCGUAAGAGACCUUGUAGACGCUACUUUGAGUCAGUCUAUUGGACACCAGAAGGAAGGCCAGUUCGUGAGUUUAUAAAAGCUUGGAGGUUAUGUGGUCAGUUUUUGUCUGCUGACAAAUACAAUUCGAUGCAGGAUAAUUGUAAAGAAUGGACUGAUAUUAGUCAAUUCUGGUCUGAUCUAUCCAGUGCAUUGAUAAAUGUUGAAAAGGCAAUGAGCCAGUCAGAGCCUGCUGCCAUGCUAGCUUAUCAGUGGUGGCUCCUGGACCCUUUUGUAGUAGUAAUUUUUGUUAAACGAAAGAUUGGUGCACUGAAAAAGGGGGAGCUAGUGAGGGUGAGUCGAAGUAUAGUUUCUAGAAAUUAUAGGAUGGCAUGUACUACCAAAAGUUCAACUUGGAAGGAUACUUCUGCAGCUCGAUUUGAUCUGAAACAUGACUCAGCUUUUCUUUUUGAUUCUGCUACUGCCACAACAUCUCUGCUCAACUACCAUGCCAGUAAUCAGAAAACCGGGGAUGGAAAUAACGUAGGAUAUGAACAGACAAUUAAUGGGGUAAUAAAACUACCAAUAUAUGAAAGCAAUAGCAUUAUUAACCAGGAAGAGAUGUACUUAGAACACAAUGCUGACGGCAUAGGAAAUCAAUGUAGGAAAGUAUCUGUGUAUGAAAGGAGUAGUCUUGGUGUAGGCUUGUUACCUGAUGACGGGUUGGGUUUUACUGGUACAACGGUCAAGUGCUUGUACUUCCAAUGUUACUAUAACUUCUGGAAAUUCAAAUCAG